CUCUAUUGAUCCGUUACACCAGAAACCAUUGUUCGAACUGCUCACCAUACUACGUACACGACCGAAGUCGAACAGAUAACAUACGUUUCUCCCGCCCAACACUUCCUAAACCCUUUAAACACCUUCCAAAGUCACCAGAAAAAUCACACCUGCAUCCCUGAUCCAGAACAACCGUCGCCAUCAUGCGCCCAAACCUCACCCACUCCACGACGCUCCUCCUCCUCAGCGCCACCGCCCUCGCCGCCCCUCUAGCCACCCGUACACAAUCCUGGCCCAUCCCCUCCCUCGAAGUGCACUUCAUGGGCCACGACUCGGGCCUCCCCGGCGGCCAAUGGCCCGAAGCCCACAAAUUCAACUCUUCCCUCGCCUUCACCAUCGCCGUCGCCCCAAACUCCCCCUCCAUACCCUGCCGUGCACCCUGGCCCGAGAAGGAAAUACCCACAACGCCUCUCCCCUGCGACGCAGACGGUUUCGAAUUCCAACUGAGUCCUACGAGCAGUGGACUUCUCACGGAAACGUCGUUUGUGCUCACUGUUAGGAAGAUGGAAAGUGAUCCGUAAGUGCCAUUCAUUCGCUUCUAGGAUGUAGCUGAUUUGAUUUGUUGGAAGUGCCACGGGAAGAAAAUCGAUUCUCGCCGGCACCGAGGAGAUCCGUGCGAAUAGCCCGGGCCUGCCGAAUAGCUAUUUGUCGUGUCUGGGUGGCCGGCCGCUGGAUGGGAUAAGGUGUAAGAAUGUGGGAUGGGCGAGUACCGCGGGGCCGCUGGUUCUAGCUGUUGAAGAACUGUAGCAGCUGAAGUAAUUGGUAGUAUCGACGUAUGUGGUGCCGCUUGAGGGUGGUAGCGGACGAAUCUUGGAGCGUAACUAGGAGAAGUGAAGCGGAGGCUACGGCUGGAGGGGCGAGGCGAAACGUUUGGGGUUCCUCUUCUGAUGAGUUUGAGAUACUUUAUAUAUUUAGGAUAUUUAAUAAGGAAUUAGGAUAUAGUUGUUGUCUCUGUUAGUAUAUUAGAG